AUGGACGGAGAAAUCGUGUUGGACGGCGUCACCAUGGCCUGGCCGUUCAUUUACGCUGCCGACACUAUCAGAGUCGUUGAUUUUCAUCUCGGCGAUAAGUUUCAGAGUAUUUGUCUGUUGACCCACAGAGUAAACUAAACUUUAGAGAUUGUUGGCUUGUAAUUCUGUUUUCAGGAUAAGAUUGCAGCAUUCCUUCAGAUCAAAAAGAUGAAGAAAAACAACGAUGAGGAUGGAAAUGAGAUUGAAGCGAUCAGUUGGCUUCCUUUGCGUUGGGAGCCGCUAAAAGUUCAUGAGUUGUUCGUUGGAAUGAUUCCAUGUGAGUUCUGAAAAGUUUUUGAGUGGAAGGAACUGUAGUUGUUGUUGCAGCUCUUCCAAACGUGGGAUUGACCGAUACAUUCAAGAACAUGCAAGACUUCUUCCGUUCUAUGCAACAAACUGCUAAUGGUGGAUAUAGCAGUGAACCUGUGCAGUGGAUCGCCUGA